AUGGCACUUCCCUCCAUAGCAAGAAGUCUCCGAAUCAAACAUCCCCUUUACAUAUCACUCUCCCUACUCCACCACCAACCCAUCUCCACCUCUCCCUCUUCUUCACAUUCUCUCCACCACCAUCUCUCUCACCCAACACCUCUCAUCCCAUCCCAAACUCCUCGCCAUUUCUCAACUCUCCGACCCUUCUCCGGCCAAGUCCUCAACCACCCAUUGGGCUUCAAUGCCCAGCGCUUCAACCCAGACAACACCCACAACCUGGGUCUCACCCAUUUUCUUGAAUUGCUCACAACUAGUGCUGGUUUGGCCUCUGAGGCCGAGGCCAUGGCUUUUCUCGACGAGUCUGGCGUCGAGGCAAAGCGAGAUACGGUUCUUUUGGCGAUUUGGGAGCUGAGGGGAGAUUGGAAGCUGGCGUUUUUGGGGUUCAAAUGGGGUGAGAAAAGGGGGUGUUGCGAUGAAGAGGCGUGUAGUUUGAUGGUUUGGGUUUUGGGGAGUCACAGAAAGUUUAGUACUGCUUGGUGUUUGAUACGAGACUUAAAUCAGGCUCUGAUGGAUACACGACGUGCUAUGCUUAUUAUGAUCGAUAGAUAUGCAUCUGCAAAUCAUCCGAGUAAGGCCAUAAAGACAUUUCAGAUAAUGGAGAAGUUCAGGUUGAGCCCUGAUCAAGAAGCAUUCCACAUUCUCUUGAAUGCACUAUGUAAGAAUGGAAACAUGGAGGAAGCUGAAGAAUUCAUGCUUGUAAGUAAAAAGUUCUUCCCACUGGAGGUCGAGGGCUUUAACAUUGUUCUUGAUGGGUGGUGUAACAUAUCUGUUGAUGUAUAUCAAGCCAAGAGAGUUUGGAGAGAAAUGUCAAAAUACUGUAUUACACCCGAUGCGACUUCUUAUACACACAUGAUAUCCUGCUACUCAAAGGUUGGGAUCCUUUUCGACUCGCUUAGACUAUAUGAUGGAAUGAAGAAAAGGGAUUGGGUUCCUGGUCUCAAGGUUUACAAUUCCUUAAUUUAUGUACUAACCCGUGAGAAUUGCUAUAAAGAAGCUCUCAAAGUACUGGACAAAGUGAAAGAAAUGGGUUUGCAGCCCGAUGCUACCACAUAUAACUCAAUGAUAGGUCCUUUAUGUGAAUCAAAGAAGCUAGAGGAGGCACGACAGAUGCUUAGUACUAUGAUAAAUGAUAAUCUCAGCCCAACUGUAGAGACUUACCAUGCAUUUCUCCAGAGUGCAGAUUCAACGGAAACUCUUGAAGUUCUUGAUCGAAUGAAGAAAGCUAAUUUAGGUCCUAAUGGCAAUACAUUUCUUAUUAUUCUUGAAAAGUUCUUCAUAUUAGAACAACCUCAGAAAGCAUUGGAGAUUUGGAAUGAAAUGAAGAACCAUGGAAUAGUGCCUGAAUCCACACACUACACAGCUAUGGUAAAGGGGCUGGCAACUUGUGGGUUGUUCACGAAGGCCAAGGAACUUUUGGCUGAGAUGAUGUCAAAUGGAUUUUCAGAAGAUCUGAAGCUUAAGAAGCUCUUGAAGAAGCCAAUUAGAGGUAGUGUUAAAGGAAAACGGAGAGUUAGACAACUCAAUCAAGCAAAAAGGAUUAAUCUCAAACAAGACAGGGUUGUGAGAUAGAAAUGUCCAAGUCAGUCAAGAAAGAAGAAGACAUCAAGUGAAUAGUCUUAUCUUAAAUUUUGACUGCAUAUGCAAAAGCUGCAAAAGAUUAUCUCUUGCAGCUUUUCUUGGGAAGACAUGGAUUAUAUUUGUCCAAGAUUUCAUUGCCCUAAAAACUUUACAGCUGAUGCCAUCUGAGUUUCAUGGCAGCUGAUUGAAACCAAAGUGGUUUGGCUUUUUAAGAAAAGGAACUCGACCUCUUGAACAAUGUAAAACACUACUGAGGAGCAUUUGAUUAAUUGUUCUGGUAGUUGCAGACCCAAUGUGUUUCUCUAUGUUCCUGCAGGUAUCAAGUUAUGAGGUGAUUCAAAGUCAUGAAAGAUGGAAAAUUGGAAGGAGUAUUUACUAGGCAACUGUUGCCACCCUACAGAAUGGAGAUUCUUAAGCGCACCAUGACCACCAGGCUAAUAGGCAGUUAAGCUUCCUGAAGUCAGGUUGAUUCACAGAUGGGGAAACCUGAUAGACUUGAAACAGAAAGCAGAAAAAGGACUGAAAUCUGAAAAAGAUAAGGGCGUUGGAGGCUUUGGAGCCUCUCGGACCAAUCCCACAUGCUGCUGAAGGAGAAGGUCGGACCAACCAUGGGCAUGCAUUGAGCCAAUCAUUUGCCAUGAGUGAUGCAUUUAGGUAUCAGAAGAACCAGUACAAUGUGUUUAUGGUCAACAAAACCGGGUAUGACAACUGCACCCUGGAUAGUGCAGUAGGGAACUGGACCAGUGGCAAGGACUUCAUACUCUUCAAUGAUUCCGGGAGAUACUACUUCAUUUGCGGUAACGGUCAGUGCUUCAAUGGGAUGAAAGUCUCUGUGCUCGUCCAUCCUCUGCCCACGCCAACAGCUUCUCCAUCUGCUACGAAUUCUUCU